UAUGCCGCGGGCAUGUCUUUUCCCAGAGAUUCCCAACGCGUUUGGCGACUCCACUUUCCUUUAAAAAUUCACUUCAUCUCACUGCGUCUUCUCCAACCUCUCUCUCUCUCUCUCUCUCUCUCGUAGACCACCACCAAUAAUAUAUUCUCUUACAAGUUACAGAGAGGAUAUGUUUUUUUCUUAGUUUAUUGUACAUUUGACCUGCAAUGAAGGCCAACAAUCCUAAGCAUCAACGGCGUUGGGCCUCCGAUUCCGUUCCCAACAGAACUGCGGUGAGCUCUGAAUCCUCUCCGGCUGGAACCGAGUACAGUUCCACUGAAGAGUUCGUUGAAGUCACUCUCGAUCUUCAGGAUGAUAAUACGAUUGUGCUUCGGAGCGUCGAACCCGCCACCGUUAUUAAUAUUGAUGAUGGAGUUCAAGCUCCUGCGGGUGCAACGGUGUCGGCUUCCGCUCCGGCUUCGAGGUCUGCCUCAAUCAGAAGGAGCUCUUCGAGCAAGCUGCGGCAGUUCUCUCAAGAGCUUAAGGCGGAGGCGGUGGCGAAGGCGAGGCAGUUCUCUCAGGAGCUGAGAGCCGAGCUGGUGAGGCGGUUUUCUUGGGGCCACAGCCACUCGUCGCGUACUCCUCUUGCGGCUUCUGCGGUGGUGGCUACUCAGAACGGUUCCGUAGCAGAGAGCGGUUUCGCUUCAGCUUUGGCCGCUCGGGCUCUGCGAAGGGAACGAGCUCAGCUGGACCGGACUCGGUCCGGCGCUCAGAAAGCGCUUCGUGGACUCAGAUUCAUCAGCACCAAAACCAAUGGCGUCGAUGCAUGGAACCAAGUGGAAAUAAAUUUCAACAACCUCGCCAAAGACGGCUCUCUCUUCCGCGCCGAUUUCGCGCAAUGCAUAGGAAUGAGAGAUUCGAAGGAGUUUGCUCUGGAGCUGUUCGAUGCUCUUGGACGGAGACGAAGGCUCAAGGCUGACAAGAUUAGCAAAGAAGAGCUUUACGAGUUCUGGUCCCAAAUCACCGAUCAAAGUUUCGAUUCACGGCUCCAGAUCUUCUUCGACAUGGUGGACAAGAAUGAAGAUGGUAGAAUCACUGAAGAACAAGUUAAAGAGAUAAUCAUGCUAAGUGCUUCUGCGAACAAGUUGUCGAGAUUGAAGGAACAAGCCGAGGAAUACGCAGCUCUUAUCAUGGAGGAAUUAGACCCUGAAAGACUUGGCUACAUUGAGCUAUGGCAAUUGGAGACACUUCUGUUACAAAAGGACACGUACCUCAACUACAGUCAAGCGCUGAGUUACACAAGCCAAGCCUUGAGCCAGAACCUACAAGGAUUGAGGAAGAAAGGCCCAAUAAGAAGGUGGGGCACAAAAUUGCUAUACUACUUGCAAGAAAAUUGGAGGCGAAUUUGGGUUUUGACGUUGUGGAUUAUGAUCAUGGUUGGGCUGUUCACAUGGAAGUUCUGUCAAUACAAGAAUAAACGUGCCUUCGAAGUCAUGGGUUAUUGUCUCCCUACGGCCAAGGGUGCGGCUGAGACCCUUAAGUUCAACAUGGCUCUCAUUCUCAUGCCCGUGUGUAGAAACACAAUUACUUGGCUCAGGUCCACCAAGCUAGCAUACUUUAUCCCUUUCGACGACAAUAUCAAUUUUCACAAGACCAUCGCUGCUGCCAUUGUAAUUGGCAUCAUUCUCCAUGCCGGAGACCACCUUGCAUGUGAUUUUCCAAAGCUUGUACGCUUGUCUGAGAGUGCUUAUGAGAAGACUUUUCAUCAUGACUUUGGGUCACGUAAACCGAGUUACAUUGACCUGGUUAAAGGGGUAGAAGGUGUGACUGGAAUUCUAAUGGUGAUCUUGAUGCUGGUUGCAUUUACACUUGCAACUCGAUGGUUCAGGCGGAAUCAUAUCAAGCUGCCCAAGCCGUUUAAUAGGCUUACUGGUUUCAAUGCCUUCUGGUAUUCACACCACCUAUUUGUCAUUGUCUAUAUCUUGCUCGUCAUCCAUGGUCAAUACGUCUAUCUUGUGCACAAGUGGCACCUUAAGACGACAUGGAUGUAUCUAGUGGUUCCAGUUUUACUAUAUGCUGGAGAAAGGACCCUGAGGUUCUUUCGUUCUGGCUCCUAUCCUGUCCGUCUUCUGAAGGUUGCCAUCUAUCCUGGAAAUGUUCUCACGUUGCAAAUGUCCAAGCCACCACAGUUUAAGUACAAGAGUGGACAAUACAUGUAUGUCCAAUGCCCUGCUGUUUCUCCUUUUGAAUGGCAUCCAUUUUCCAUUACCUCUGCUCCUGGAGACGACUACCUUAGUGUUCACAUCCGGCAGCUAGGUGACUGGACACGAGAGCUUAAGAGGGUAUUCUCUGAAGCAUGUGAGCCUCCUGUGGCUGGAAAGAGUGGGCUUCUCAGGGCCGACGAAACAACCAAGAAAUGUUUGCCGAAGCUCUUAAUAGAUGGACCUUAUGGUGCCCCAGCACAAGAUUACCGGAAUUAUGAUGUCCUGCUACUUGUUGGUCUGGGGAUUGGAGCAACUCCUUUUAUCAGCAUUCUAAAAGAUUUGCUUAACAACAUAGUCAAAAUGGAGGAAGAGGCAGAUUCAAUCUCAGAUGUCAGUAAAUCAGACACAAGUUCUGGAAGCACAGACUCUUCUAUCACCAAUAAAGUAUGUCCCAAGCGGAAAAAAACUCUGAAGACCACAAAUGCUUACUUCUACUGGGUAACUAGGGAGCAAGGGUCGUUUGAUUGGUUUAAAGGGGUCAUGAAUGAAGUAGCUGAUCUUGAUCAAAGGGGUGUCAUUGAGAUGCACAACUACUUAACUAGUGUGUAUGAGGAAGGAGAUGCCCGAUCAGCUCUCAUUACCAUGGUGCAAGCUCUCAACCAUGCCAAGAACGGAGUUGACAUUGUUUCUGGCACUAGGGUGCGAACCCAUUUUGCGAGGCCUAACUGGAAGAGAGUUUUCUCCAAAUUAUGUUCCAAGCACUGUUCUGCCAGAAUUGGGGUAUUCUAUUGUGGGGCACCGGUUCUGGCUAAAGAACUCAACAAACUCUGCUACGAAUUCAAUCAAAAAGGUCCAACCAAGUUUGAAUUCCACAAGGAGCAUUUCUAGUCGAAUCUUGGGGUGGGGUAAAUAUUUUACAUUCCUCAUUUCACCACUCCAUCUCUAACACUCCCAUUUAUUACACAGAGAGAUUUUUUUGUAAUAAUCUAGAAAGAAAAACCCAAAAAAAAAAAAAAGGAAAUAGAAAACAAUUAAAUCAUUGUACAGUCCUGGGAGGAAAGGAGAAAAAAGGAAUGAAAAUUGAAAAGCAUAUACAUAAUGAAGUUUUUGUUUUUAACCUUUUUAAGGAAGUGUAGCCUUAUAAACUCCGAAGCAGUGGAUAAUAAAUAUAAAAAAGAAUUAAAUAUGGAGGGGACUCUGCGUUUGUUUUGUACACAUGGCGUCAGACUUGAGGUGAUAAGUGGCAAUGGACCUAAGGUGCAUUGUUGGGGGAGGGAGCAGGAGUGCGGUACAGCUACAAAGGACUAGUUGACCUACUAGCACGAUUAAAGCCAGACACUUGCUGAUGGGGUAGGAAGAAGAAACUCUUGGGAAAGAGAAACCGAAGUGGGUUUUAAAUCUGAGUGUUCGGAUUCGGAUGAUGAUAGCCUUUGUCUGUUUAUAACUUUACAAAAUUUUCUUCAUUUGAGGGCCCGACCACGAAUCCCUCUAGAAUGUGGAUAGCUAUGAAGAUGUCCACGCGUUUGAUUCUUAGAAUGAGAAAAAUCAUGCCGUGUGUAAAAUGGCCUCCAAAUUCGUUGUAUACUGUAGAGUUAAUUAUUAUCGUUUGUGGAUACUCCCAGUUAUAUAUAGAUUGAGGUAACAAGAAAGGAAAUGUGUGAAAUCUGUAAUGAAUAAAAUGUGUAUUUGGUUA